AUGGACUACCCUCACUCCGCCGGAGAAAAUGUGCAGGAGAAAUCCUCAAUGGAGCGAUCGAGUCCCGAUACAAAUGCCGAUAUAUCCCUUGUCGAAACGGCACCGGAGAAGGAAGACUCGGACAAAAGUCCGUCAUUCGUGCAUUACAUCAGGAUUCUCUCCUAUGGCGCAAGGCAUUGGGGCAGCCUGGCAAUGGCGCUCGGAUUGCUCUGCGCCAUGGGAUCCGGAGUUGCUCUGCCACUCAUGAAUAUCGUUUUUGGCAACCAGGUUGGGACUCUGAACCAGUACUCGACCCCGGGAUCGGCCCUGGAGGAAGGCCAGUUUACGCGGACGAUAAAUAGGAACAGUUUGUAUAUUGUUUACCUGUUCAUUGGCAAGUUCGUCUUGACCUACGUGUCCAUGGUCACGAUGAAGCUCAUAAGCCUCAAGGCAUCUGCGAGCCUGCGGCUCGAAUAUCUAGAGUCGCUAUUUUCCCUCCCGAUUAGCAGGUUGGAUGAGAUUUCAAGUGGCACUGUGACUCACGCCAUCACCUCACUCUCAAACCAGAUCCAGCAAAGUAUCUCUGAUAAGCUUGCCAUGCUGUUCCAAUCCCUAGCACUUCUCGUUGCCGCCUAUGGCAUCGCGUUCCGCUAUUCCUGGGCCCUGACAUUAGUGGUCAGUGCGGCGAUUCUGUUUGUGCUGCUAGGGUUCAGUGUCACUGUUCCGUUCUUCGUGAAGACUUACCACCGCGUGGAGGAGGCAGAUCAGAAACAUGCCUCCAUUGCAGCUGAUGUCCUUGCCUCGGUCCGUACCGUGUUCUCCCUCGGGGCAGAAAAGCCAUUAGGGGAAAAAUAUGCAGCCUGGAUCGAGGAAGCAAAGCGGCGGGGCGCCAAGUUGUCAAUCAUCAGUGGCAUACAUUUGGGAAUCCUCUUUUUUGCAAUGUACGUGAGCUUUGGCUUGGCCUUCUGGUUUGGGCUGAAGCUUUUUCGCGAGGGCCAUAUUGAUAAUGUCAACACUGUAAUCACGGUUUUCUUCUCCGUUAUUCUGGUAGUUACCGUCUUGGGAAACAUUGCUUCGCCGCUCAUCAUCAUCAGCAAGGCGAUCAGCGCAGCACAUCCAUUCUUCAGUAUCAUCGAUGCGAGGCAGCCUCCCACGACCGGGAUCAAGGGGUUCGACACAGCCAAGACAGCAGAUAUCACGUUCAACAACGUGAGCUUUGCGUAUCCCACGCGUCCAACAACACAGGUUCUGCGCGGUUUCAAUGCGCGCUUCGAGCAAGGCAAGACAACGGCUCUAGUCGGGCCCUCGGGCUCUGGUAAAAGCACAAUCGUGGCUCUGCUCGAACGGUGGUAUGACCUGAAGACAAUAGAUGCUUCUAGGGACUGUGAUAUACUCGGUGGAGAGAUUCAAGUCGGCGCAGUCAAUAUUAACGGACUUGACCUCGAGUGGUGGAGGUCACAGAUCGGGUUGGUUCAGCAAGAGCCCGUCCUCUUCAAUACUACUAUAAUGGAGAACGUAAGCAUGGGGCUGGCUGGCACCAAGUGGGAAAAUGCGCCAGAGGGUAUCAAGAGGGACAUGGUGCUCAAAGCGAGCGAAGAGGCCUUUGCGGAUGAUUUCAUCCAGAAAUUACCCCAGGGGUAUUCAACGCUCGUUGGAGAAGGCGGACUGGCCCUCAGCGGAGGCCAACGACAACGCAUAGCGAUCGCGCGCUGCAUCGUUCGCCGGCCACCGAUUUUGAUCCUUGACGAAGCAACCAGCUCAAUCGAUGUGCAUAGCGAGCGCAUUGUUCAGGCGGCGCUUGAACGGGUACUGAAGGAUCGUACUACAAUCUUGAUCGCUCAUCGACUGUCGACUGUCCGCAAAGCGGAUCAUAUCAUCGUCAUGAAGGAUGGCACGAACGUUGAAGAUGGAUCCCAUGACGAAUUGAUGGCAGCGUGCGGCGUAUACUCUAAUCUGGUCCAUGCUCAAGAACUGGGCAAUGCACCCGUCUUCGAACAUCGGGCUGGAGAGAAAAAGGAAGACGUCUCUUAUCCUUUGCCAGUCGAAACAGCAGACGAGCUUCCUGUUGCCCCGACUCAACCAGAAAAGAACGGCGAGCAUAUUGAGCAAGGCCUGUGGAAAUCUCGGAAAAGUCCCAAGUCUUCCACGAAGAUCCUACUGCGGAUAUUGCGAGAGCAGCAAAAGCACUGGGUGCUCUAUACUCUGACAUUGAUCGGCGCGAUUGGCGCAUCGUCCGGAUUCGCACUGCAGAGCUGGCUCUUUGCGCGGAUCGUACAAGUUUUCCAGUACACCGGCCAGAGACUGAUUGACGCUGGCAACUUCUGGGCGCUCAUGUUCUUCAUCAUGGCAUUGGCCAUGUCGGGUUUCUACCUUCUGGUUGGGUAUUGCUCGAACCGAAUUUCACUGAACGUCGCCUCGAAAUACCGCGAGGAGUAUUUCCACAAUAUCCUCGCCCAGCCCAUCUCGUGGUUUGAUCAGGAGGAAAACAGCAGCGGCACUCUUACCUCAUCCCUGUCAACAGAUCCCCGACAGCUGCAGGAGCUGUUCGGAGUAAGCGGAAUUUUCCCACUCAUUUCCAUACUCAGCGUGAUUGGAUGUAUAGCCAUCUCCUUCUCUUUUGGUGCAAAGCUGGCUGCGGUGGCCUUCUGCGCUGGGACUCCAUUCGUGUUUCUUGGCGCAUUCGCACGCAUCCGAUACGAAAUGAAGUAUGAGGCAAUCAAUGCAGAGGUCUACGCAGAGAGCUCGAAAUUCGCAAGUGAAGCUAUUCGUGCUUUCCGGACAAUCACGUCAUUGAACAUGGAGAAGUCCAUAUUACGGCGCUAUACAACUCUCGUAACCCAGCAGAGGCGCCGUGCGAUGAGAAAAGCCUGGUAUGCUACACUACUGUUUGCAUUUGCAGACAGUUUCGAGCUUUGCUCGAUGGCUCUCACUUUCUGGUACGGUGGCCAUCUCCUGGCUUCGCAUGAAUACGAUGUUGUGUCUUUCCUCGUUGUGUAUGUUGCCAUUGUCCAGGGAGGCCAAUCUGCAGGGCAAUUCCUGAGUUUUGGUCCGAAUAUUGCACAGGCCGCAGCUUCGGGCGAGCGCAUUCUUCGCCUUCGUCAUGUCGCCGAAGGUACAUCGAACCUGCAUGACGAGACCAGGCAUAUGCCAAUCAAAGGCUGCAACGCAAGCAUUCAGUUUAGAGACGUCUCUUUCAACUAUUCAUCACGGGACACGCCUAUAUUUCACCACCUGAACCUGAGUAUUGGGAGCGGACAGUUUGCGGCACUAGUAGGCGCGUCUGGCUGUGGUAAAUCAACCAUAAUAUCGCUUCUCGAGCGGUUCUACCAGGUCUCGAGCGGCGAGAUCCUAAUGGGAGGCACUAACAUCAAUUCAAUUGACCUCCCCUCGUAUCGAUCGUCUCUCGCCCUCGUGUCGCAGGAACCCCAGCUCUUCGACGGCACCGUCCGCGACAACCUCCUCCUCGGCCAGGCCAGCCCCGAGACCAUCCCGGAGUCCCAGAUAAUCCAGGCGUGUCGGGACGCGGAGAUUCACGACUUUAUCACUUCCCUCCCGGAUGGCUAUAACACGGCCCUCGGGGCCAAUGCCCAGGCUGCCAUGAGUGGAGGGCAGAGACAGCGGGUGUGCAUUGCGCGCGCGCUGGUUCGCAAACCGUCCGUUCUUCUCCUCGAUGAGGCCACCUCGAGCCUGGAUUCCCAGUCGGAACGGCUUGUGCAAGGGGCAUUGGAGAGGCUGGCGAAGAAACGCGACAUGACUAUUGUUACGGUGGCACAUCGGCUGGCCACGAUUCAGAAGGCGAAUCCGAUCUUUGUGCUAGGAAGGGAUAGUGAGGGUGGAUACACACGGGUUGUUGAGAGUGGAUCGCACGCACAGCUUAUACUGAAACGGGGAGCGUAUUGGGAGAUGUGCCGUGCGCAAGCUCUCGACCAAAGUAUCGAAUAG